AUUGAUCAAUAUAACUUCUUAACUUUCACCAUUGUUCUUUCCAGGGGUUACCAACAUGCUCGUCUCAUAAGACGUCAACAAAACCUUGAACGGACCGGGUCAGAUCAAUCCCUGUAACUUACUGGAUAACGAAAGAUAAGGGAUAGUGCCUCUGGGAAUGAUCUGAUCCGGUUCUGCGGUCCAGGUUUUGCCUACAGCCUUUCUCGUGGCUUCGCCGCUUGUGCCUCCACGAGGAGACCUGCCGACAGCCUGGCUUAAAGCCAGCCUUGACCUCUAGCUGGAGCAAUCUCACCAUAAGUAAGUUCGUCGUUUGACAAUCGGUAAACGAGCCUAUCAUAGCCAUGCCAUGAUAGCCUGUUCAAAGUCCGUCGAGCGCGGGUGAUAAAAUAUAAGCCGCAGGGGAUUAUAUUUGAAAUGAACGAAAAGAACAAUAAAACAACGUCUGUGUACAGGCUAUGCCAUGAUGCAUAAUGUAUCUUUUAAGAUACUCACAUCUUCGUGGUCUGGUUUUUUACCUGUAGCUGUUGGACUAUGAAGCAAAAGCCGCUGACCAAGUUCCACUGUUCAUGCGCAUGAAUAAAGAUGACCUAGCGCUCGAGAAGGCCAUUAUGAGUGGAGACACGGAUCUGGGUGAGUUAUAAGUGGUUACCACUGCGGAGAACUACAGCUAACUUUGAGUAUAGUGGAGGGAACAAUUUUUGAAGCGCGUUUUUGUUUCGUCGUAGUCGCAAGAGCCGACUUAUAGAAAGAUCUAUCGUAAUGUUGAAAUUGUACCAAAGGUUCCAAAAAUUUAGAAUAAACUCUUUCUCAGCUUAAAAGUUGGCGUUACACCAGCGGCGUUACAAGCUGAGACAGAGUUUCAAACCUUAAAACAUUUUUGAGAUUGUUUUGUUGCUCAUUAUUUGGAUCUUCCCUCGCCGUUGACACAAUUUCAAGUAUAUUUCAACCAUCUUGAUCCUUACAUGCUCUCCUCCAAAGGUAACAGCUUUCUCUGGUCAGGUGAUCAAAAUUGAUGGAUCCGAACCACCGUCAUCCAAAACCCGCCUACUUGAUUUUCUCCUGUAUCUAGAUGACAUUUCAUUUGUAUUGUCUUUUUUUUCUUUCUAGUGUAUAUGGUUGUUAUGCAUUUGAAGGAUAAUCUAACUCUUGGUGAGUUCUUGAUGGCCAUACGUUACCAUCCUGUGGCACUCAGCCUCUACAUCAAGGUAAGUCUAUGAAAAAAAGUUGUGUAAAUGAGUGCGUAUUUGUUCAAGGCUUCAACCAAGAGAAAAUCCACCAUUAUUUGCCAGGAGACAUUUUUUCCUUUAUCUGUUCAUUCUUUAAGGUCAUAAAAAUGACGUUAAAUGUUUAAAACUUAAGUGGAGGGGUGAGAGGUUUUACGGUAAAGUUUGGAGCAUUUUUAAUCUCAUUUCUUUGAAAUGUCGGAGUCGCGGCAGUGAAAAAUGGCUACGUUUCUAUUUGUUUUUUUCAUGGUCUCGGAGAAUCGCACUCAAGAAACAGAGAAGAGAAGAACCUUCAGUUCUGUUUCUCUUCUCUGUACUGUCAUAAGCAAAAGUUGUCGACCAAUCGGGGCACGUAAAUCACUCGUUUAUCGUAAAUCAUUAGACUGUGUGGCAGGCGUCUUAAGAGGUAUUAGAAAAAGUGAAAAAGGGAGGGGUAAAGGGAAGAGAAAAAAGGAGACCUUUUUUCAUUUCUGCUUCUUUCCCCUUCACUCCCCUCCCCCUCUUCUCUCGUUUUUGCACCUGUUACGCAAACUGCCGCGCAGGUUAUUGUGAAACCUAUAUAUUCACUUUGGCAUGACUGUGAUUUGUCUGCAGUACUGCAAGGAUCAGGAUCGCCGUACACUUGUGGACCUGUUCUACCAGGAUGACCAGUUUAUGAACAGUGGUAAUGCCUUUGUGCAGGACAGCUACAGUGAGAAGGUAUCACAUAAAGUAGCUUGCAUGCUAUCUUGCUUAGGAGGGGAUCUGGUCGAAUGUUGUUUUAUUAUUUUAUUUCUUUAA